UGUCACUAUCUGCCCAUCUAACGUCAUCUCCCUCGUGCUUUUAAGAGCCCUUAAAGUACUGCAGGCCGCCAUGAGGUCUCCCGGUGCCUUCUCCUCUUCAGGCUGAACAAGCCCAGCUCCCUCAGGCCUUCUUCACAGGAGCGGUAAGUCUGAGGACUCCUGCCACGUAACAUCUCAUUCUGUAAAUCUACGUUCUCAGAGGAGCGGAAGCUCCCCCCUACUGACGGGUCCCAGAAGCACAGGCGCGGCGAUGCUCACAGCUCCCAGGCGGCACCGCUGCAAAGCUGAGGGAAAGCUGGCAGGGCUCCUGCUUCGCAGCCACGAGCACCCUGCGACACGCCGACGUCUGACCCCCGCUGAUUAAGUUAUGCCUCCCGAGAUCGCAGCCAAACGCCAAGGCAAACAAGCGGAUAAGGCUUGCGGCCCGUUACUCCGCGCUGCUUCACCAGCUGCCAACCGGCCGCUCUACCCAACGCGGGCUGGGAGAGGAAGAAGGACGGUCUCUGUGGCGGGAGGCGGCCGCUCUAACCCCCGUUCUCUAUAGUCAGGAGCCUCCCGCAACCCGCCACCACAGGCCGGGAGGUUAAGUCAUGUUUUCUGACGCUCCAAGAACAACGAUCACUGCGGUUCCAUGAAUCGCAAAACCACAAGAAGUGCAGCUGCCCUUCCUAUUUCCAGCUUCCCUUUUUUUACAGUGACGUUCUUCUUGGGACCUUUGGCUUCAUCCCUACUGAGUGCAACGCAAGGGGCCCACUGUGGGGUCUGAGGGAGGAAGCACUUUGCUGAUCAGGGGGAGCCAUGGCCUUAAGCUUGUAUGUAUUUCAUUUCUUCAGUAAGUUCAAAGUGCUCCUGCUUGUCACUUUGUGUUUGAUGGUGCUGUGGGCUGCAUUCAGUUACUUUGUGGAUUCUGGACAGACUAUUCCUAAACUUAAGAGUGUUGGGGAGCAUUUUGGAAAGGUAAUCAGCCUGGAGGGGGAAGAGGACAGUCAGAAGGAAGAGAAGAUGAAGUUAACUGAAGAUGUUCCUGCAACAAAGCCACCUCAGGGUCCCUGCCCAGCUCUGUCUCCAUACCUGCGAGGUGCCAGCAAACUGACCUUCAAUCCAUCUCUCACACUAGAAGAAGUACAAAAGGAGAACCCUCAGGUGGCUGAGGGCCGAUAUCGCCCUACAGAGUGUUCAGCAUUGCAGCGUGUGGCCAUCCUCAUCCCGCAUCGCAACCGCGAGAGGCAUCUGCUGUACCUCUUGGAGCACCUGCACCCAUUCCUGCAGAGGCAGCAGCUGGAAUAUGGCAUCUACGUUAUCCACCAGGCUGGCAGCACCAAAUUUAAUCGAGCUAAACUGCUGAACGUGGGAUAUCUAGAGGCCCUGAAAGAAGAGAACUGGGACUGUUUCAUUUUCCAUGAUGUGGAUCUGGUGCCAGAGAAUGACUUCAAUAUUUACAUGUGUGACAGACAACCAAAGCACCUUGUAGUUGGCAGGAACAGUACUGGAUACAGGUUACGUUACCAGGGAUAUUUUGGAGGUGUAACUGCUCUAACAAGAGACCAGUUUUCCAAGGUGAAUGGAUUCUCUAACAACUACUGGGGUUGGGGUGGAGAAGAUGACGACCUUCGAAUCAGGGUUGAGAUGCAGAAGAUGCGAGUGAUGAGGCCGUCUGCUGACGUAGCCAGAUACACGAUGAUCUUCCACAACCGUGACCGUGGCAAUGAGGAGAACAGAGAGAGGAUGAAGCUUCUGCGCCAGGUAUCUAGAACAUGGAAAACAGAUGGGUUGAAUUCCUGUUCAUAUAGACUGCUGUCAGUGGAACAUAACCCUUUAUACAUCAACAUAACGGUAGAUUUCAGCGUGCAGCCAAAGAUCUCAUAAGGGUGAGCACCACAAAGGUUUUAGGAAAUCGCAGCAGAUCUUGUUUGUGGUUGGUGGUACAGCAGAUGACUUGCAGCACUCUGCUUGAAAGAGUACUUCAGCAGCACAGAAGAAUGUCUUUCUGCACAGCAUCUAAUUGAUCAGCCAAGAAGCUCAUUUUCUGAGGACUGGAGAGGGGCAGGUCCUGGUGUUCUAUGCACUUUCUGCGGAGAUGUUUGUAAGUUUCCUUGUUUGGGCUGGUCCAGUAGAAGGACUUAAGUCUCCUAAAAAGUAUUUCUUGAAACUAUUUCUAAACUUCCACUUGAAAGUAGGAAGGCGACACUACCAAGAUUUCAAAAGGAGCAGGCCAGUCAAAACCCUUAAAAGCACAAGAAUUUUUUUACCGUCUACAAACCUGUUGAGGAAAGCUCAUUUUUUCCAGCCUAGAGAAAAACUGCUUAUGGGGUGGAAACAGCAAUAAUGGUAAUAGAUGAGAAGACGUUAAAAAUCUCUCAAUAAAAUAUAAUCUGCUUAAUUCAAAA